AUGGCGUAUUCACUUGAUGUUUGCCAACAGACUGGGGUGCACCAAAGCGAUCACGCAGCUGGCACGCUCGCCGUAGUGGACGGUAAACGUGUUGCACGGUGGGGCCCAGGCAAUCGGUUGUUUUUGCAGGGCGGGGUGAGGAAAGGGCAGGAAGGGGCCAUGUGGAGCAUGAGUCUCUGCAGGCGGCAUCCAUCUUUUUCUUUAGAUGUAGACUGUGAUGCUUCUUGCGACGCCGGUCGACUGGAUAGCACACACACAACACGGCAUGGUGGUCGAUGUGAAAUGUCUGCAUGGCAAUGGAGCCUUGUGAGGCGAAUGGGGGGGCUGCAAGCGGGUUGGGACUAUCACGCCAGCUACUCUAAUUGUGUGCUGAGGUCCACCGUGGCUCGUACGUUUUUUUUUUUUUUUUUUUACUUCUUUGCUUAUGGCGGUUUUGCACAUCAUUUCCACUGA